CUAGUCAACAACGUUGAAACUCUCCCUCCAAAAAGCAAUUUAUCUCUCUCUCUCUCUCUCUCUCUAUCAAUUUUCCACCAUCAGGAAAAGCUUUCUUUCGUUUAUAUAAACCUUCUCAAUUCCACCGUCGUCUCUCAAACCUUCCCUCUUUUGUCUACGUUUUCUACGUUUUUUUUUUGCCCUUUGUUCGUGCGAUGCCACAGGGCAAUUUAGAAACCCUUGUUUCUGCCUGGGCCGGCGGUUCUUGCGACAACAAAAUCGUCUGCGAGACUUUAGCAACCACCGAGGGCCGCGCCUACGACGACCAACUCCACACGGUGGAGAAACCUGGCGAAGAAGAAAUACCGCCGGAUUUCCCGCCAGAAUCGUUUUGGUUAUCGAAAGACGACGAGCUCGACUGGUUCGAUCGCAACGCUUUUUAUGAACGGAAAGAGUCGCAUAAAGGAAACUCAGCUUCGAACUCAACAAAUCUUAAUCCUAAUCUGAUCCCAAAUUCCAAUUCUCAGCGCUUUUCUUUGAGAAAAUCUAAAGCUUCGAUCAUCAGAUUACCGAAACCGCAGAAAUCUUGCUUUGCUGAAACGAAGAACAGGAAGAAUUCUAAGCCUGGAAACACUAGAUUGUUUCCUAAACGGUCGGGCUCCGUUAAAUCGGAUCGGCCAGUUGUUGAACCGUCUUCGCCUAAGGUUUCUUGUAUGGGAAGAGUGAGAUCGAAGCGAGACCCGAAUCGCCGACUAAAAAAGAACCACGAAAAAUCCAUCGAAAUCGAAGCUGUUAAAGAGAAAACGACAAGUAAAAGAAGCAGUUUCUUUUCCAGUUUUCGUGCUAUUUUUUGGUCCAAUGGGAAAGCACGUGAACCACACGCUCUUCCAGUUGCGCCAUCACCGCCAAGGAACAGCGACAUUAGGUCUCGUUUGCCACCCGAUGAUCGUGACGCAAUAUUGAUAGAACCUGAAAUUGCGGAGAGUGAACCGAUUGUUGAGCCGGUCAGUUUAGGUGGUAUGAAGCGGUUCGCGUCUGGUAGGAGAUCGGAGCCGUUAAUCUAAACCGUGGGGGAUAACGUUUCUCUAGUGGUGGGCCAUAGCCCAGGCUUGGGUUGGACUGCCGUCGUGGUUGGGUAACUUGCAAAUCCCCCGUCUAAUGUUUAUUUCCUUCCCUCGGUGUCUCGGCGUGAUUAUCAACGGCUUGGGAAGGUGAAAAAAACACAAAUUUCCAAUUUCGACUUUUUUUUUUUUUAAUUUUGACUUGGUUUUACUUGAUAACGAUUUGUAGAUAUCGAGUGAUUUUGGAGUGGGCAGUUUGUAAAUUUUGUCGUUAUUUCAAUAAAAUUUCAAAAGGGACAUGUAAAUUUCAUAUUA